AUGUCUCUCUCACUCCAAACGCUUGGAUUCGGCCAUACACGAACGUCCCCUCUCCGAUUAAGCCAGCAAUUCAUGUCACCCUCUGCAAUAAUAUCCUCAUAUCCCUCGCCUAGGUUUCAAAAAGUCGGACCGGUAGUGGCAGAUACAUCGGCGGAUAAUAAAGAUGUUCUGAUUGAGCGAUUAAACGAUCUUGUCCACCGACUUUCAACAGAUCACUCAUUGGAUGAUAGAUUAGUAUCGAAAUUACAUAGCGAGGUGGAUAAUUUCGAGAUUGUCAUGAUCAAGGCGGAUAUAAGUCAGAAACUGGAUAAGGAACUGGCGGCUGGAAAGGGGGAAACUUUAUUUUCGGGACGGAAGGAUGGUAUUCGGACGCCAAAGACGCCGACGAGGAAAGUGAGCAUACCAAUGCCAGAUAGUGUGUCGAGAAGUCCUCCAAAGAAGCAAGAGAUGAAUACGGAGGUUGCUACGAAAAUAGCAGAGGAGGCAGAAGCGCUGGCCACUCAAUUAUCGAAAAGCAUAGCGGAGUUGCAGCAGCGAAGGGAAGAAGCAGACAAAAUCCACGACCUCCUCAUAACCCGCAUCGAAACCAGCGCCGAGCAAAUCCUCUUCCUCGAAUACCACAUCGCCGAAAUGGAAGACGACUACGAAGCCAACCAAUCCGAACUCCAAUUCCUCCGCAUCCAACUACAAGCCAUACAGACCCAAUACAACGAAUUGCUGCCCCAGAAUAGAGAUGAGGAGUUGUCCGAGAGUAUACGGAAUUGGAAGAUUGAUUGGGAGGAUAUUGAUCGGAGGUCGAAAGCCAGGAGGAAGAGGGGGCAGGAUUCGAAUGAGAGGAUGGAGAGUGAGGUGUCUUUGAGUGUGAAGUGA